AUGGCUCAAUCAAAGCGAGUGGCUCUUGCAGCCCUCCUAACACUAUGUGCCACUGGCGUCCAAGCCGAUGGCAAAGGCCUCAUUGGCUGGGGAAAGACAAUGUAUGACCCAACGUGCUCCUUUGCCUGUCGACAAGUUAUCCGAAAACAACAACUCUCCUGUACUCCUACCGAGUCGACCGAGAAUCAUGGGACAGCACAUAACCCCGUCACGACACCGCCCGAUUGUUUUGUGGAAGACCAUGUCUUUCUUAAGACUAUGGCUCUUUGCAUAGACACGUACUGUCCCCUCGCAGGGAAUCCUUCCAUGAGCCUGAUUGAAGACUAUUGGGCAUCACAUCUUGGAACAGGAACCAUUGGAAAAUACGAUUAUGUUCCGGUCAUGUCGUAUGAAGAUGCUUUGGCUGCGGCCAGGGAUGACGAAUCUAUGGCUUCCCAUAGCACAAAUUCGACGUCCGGUCACAAGAGCGGUAGCCAUCAUAAGAGGACUGCUCUUUUCCCGCGCCAUGGUGGCCACGAUACAUCUUCCCAUGAAGGCCUAGUAACCUUCAAUGUGUCAAGUCCCUUGCCCAUUACCGCUGGCGGAACAGAGCCCCUCAACGAGACCAGCUUCAUCGGUCCUGAGGAUUGGCAACUCCAGUAUAACUAUCUCUACGACUUUGAGGCCAAUGAGGCUGGCCAUACAACGAUGACUCUUACCAUCACUCUCGUGGCCAUCUUCCUCCCAGCGAUCCUCUCACUGUUGAGAUUCAUACCCGGCCUGACUAAGAGUCGAGGAUGGGCUUACUGGCAAUCAUUUCUGGUUGUCCCAGCAGCGUUUGGAAAGCGACAUUGUGAGCCAACUAUCGCCGGCAACGUUCCCAACAGGGGACAGGCACUCUACAUCGCCUUGAUCAGCACUCUCAACAUCUUGCUCUGGCUCGGACCAUAUACGGUCCAUCAACCUCAGGCUGGCUUUGCCUCCCUCAAAAUGCAGACAAUCAGCGCCGUGGGCAACCGCGCAGGUGACAUGGCAAUGGGUAACGUCGUGGUAUUGUUCCUAUUUUCAGCUCGCAACAAUAUUCUUCUUUAUUUCACGGAUUGGAGCCAUAGUACGUAUCUCCUGCUGCAUAGAUGGCUUGGAUACUGUGCUAUCUUCCAUACGAUCGUUCACUCUGCCAUGCUUCUCGCAAACUACGUCAUUCAAGGCACCUAUGAAGAAGAGCUGAUACGCGAGUACUGGAUCUGGGGUAUUGUGGGAACAGUGGCAGCUUGUGCGAUAUUACCCUGCUCACUGCUGCCAGUCAGGCAGAAGAUGUACGAGUUCUUCCUUGGAUCGCACAUAAUCUUAGCCCUGCUCUUCAUUAUUGGAUACUACUACCAUAUUUGGUAUCUUUAUGAGUACAAUUGGGGCUACGAGAUCUUUGCAUUCGUGGCUGGAGGUAUUUGGGGUCUCGAACAUGUCGUUCGACUAGUUCGCAUGGCUCGGCAAGGUAACCGAAAGGCAGCCAUCUCGACCAUUUCAGAUGUUGACGGAGAGUACAUCCGAAUCGAGAUUGAUGGAAAGCCUCUGGAGGGUGGUGUUGCGUAUCUUGCUUUCCCUACACUUUCGUGGCGUUUCUGGGAGACUCACCCCUUUUCCGUCGCACAUUCUGGCUCAUUGACUAGUGAGAACAGCCACCAGCCAUCUACAGCUGGUGCCAAAGAAGAAAGUGUGACAGUCUCACCUAGUUCUGAGACAGAUGCUGAAAAGGCUGUUAAUGUCAAUCAGAACACUUCAGUUGCGCUAGCAACUGAGGGGAGAUCUACUGUCUUCUAUGCUCGGGUCCGAACGGGCAUGACCAAAAAGCUCGCCUCACGGGUAUCUGGCCAACAAUCUGAAGCACUUCAACUUCGGGUGAUCGUCGAAGGACCCUACCAUCAUUCUGGCCAUAUCUCACCUCAACUCUCACACUGCAAAGAUAUUUUGGUUAUUGCCGGAGGUAUUGGCGUCACAGCCUGUCUCCCAUAUCUUCGGCAGGGUGCUUCAGGUACAACAAAACUUUUCUGGUCGAGCCGCAAGGAAGGUCUCGUCACAGCCCUAACACCAGCUCUUGCUGAUCUGCCAAGGUGUGUACAGGUCGAAACGGUUGUGGGGGAACGUUUGAGUCUUAGGGGCAUCUUGACUCAAGAACUGAUUGGAGCGCCAGAUGAUGGUGCGCUGGCGAUUGUCAUGUGUGGACCUCCCGUUAUGGCUGAUGAAGUGCGUAGAGACAUUGUUGAGAUUGUGAGGAGCAACGCCUUAUGCCGCGCCUAUGUGUUCUUAGAUGAGGCCUAUUCUUGGUAG